GCUUUAGUUGAAAGUUCGUCGCGAUUUUAAUCGGUCGCUCGUUCAGCAGAAAGCCGCUGGGGGACGUUUCUCGCAUUGUUCGUGGCUCUACUCAUCCAUUCUAUCCAAUUAUGGACUAUCUCCAACAAUUGUCCAAGUAACGCAUUAAUCAAGUGUAAUUGAAUUUUUUCCGUAGGCGAGCCUAUUGUCAACAAUAGUCGCGCUUCGAUACCUAAACUAAAGGCAAAUAAAGUAAUUCUCAGUGGAAGUUGUUUCCUUACAGAGGGGAUGGUAACUAACCUUAGUGGUGAAGUGCAGUGACGUGCAAUGAGUGCAGAAUUAAUACCAAAUGUGGCAUUUUUUUAGAAAUUCGAAGUUUUUGUGGUAUUAACACAGAAAAUCAGGUUGAGUGUAUUCAAGUUGAGAAAACCCAAGUCUUGUGAUGCUGAAAGUGAUUACUCACUAAACUAGAUUGAGUUCUGACUGCCGAAUUCAUCUUGGGAUUAAUCAUUCGUCUAGGCGGAUUCUCAACAAUGGACUGUAAAAACUGACCUUAGAUUGUUCACUCCUGGUCAAUCAAUGAAAUUCGAAUGAUUUAUUCCGUUGCAAUCCUUUAACUGCUAGAACCAUUAAAAGUUUUGCAUAUGGGAUUGAUCGUACCAGCACUCAGGUGCUCAGCCACUAUUAAAAAAAGCAUAUAAAAUUUGAAGUAAUUAGAAACGUUAGCACGUCCACCAAUCAUUAGACCUCUACUAUUAUCAAUUCGAGCAGCAUCAAUUCACCACUCCAUCUCAAAGUGGCACACCCCUCGCAAUCAAACAAUCACACUCAUCAGCAACCUGUAUUACUGAAAUGCAGUUGAAUGGCACGAGUGGACCAACAAUGGCUGCAGCAUCAGAACCACCGGAACCGCCGCCAAGGAAUCCAGAUCGGAUAAAUGCAUCCCUGAAUAAAUUAGGCGAAUCGAAAGUCACCAAAUCCUUGGACACGAACGAUAGUCGAGCUGUUAAUAACAAUAAGCCACUAAAACCUCUUCUAUCGUUGGAUAACAAUAUAACGGCAACGACAGCAGCUAAUUUAACGGCAGCUCCAUCGAAUACGUCUUCAACUGCAACAAUAGUUACAACAAUAUCAACGACAUUCGACAAUAAUCAGAAGCUAGUAAGCCAAAGUAAUGCAAGUCAGAGAGUGGAAGGCCAGAGCGCAGAGCUAACAAAUGGUACUUCAUUGGGGGAUGCUAUCAUAGUGAAAGGCGUUAGUAGUUCCCACAACUCUCAUAAUAACAUAAAUACAGACAAGAACAAUGCGAAUGAUAUUCCAUUAACGGAGACGAGGUGUCAUUCUGGCACACAAUCACAUGCACAAGCACCUGUGAUCAAUGGCCAAGUGGGCGGCAGCGGACAAGCAACAUUUAAGGACCACAAUUUCAAAAACGAUAUCGAUAACGACGCCAAGGAGGAGUCGUCCUGCAGUGAUGGUAAUCGAAAUGAUGACCCCAGAUCCGAUCCCAACAAGGAUAAUAGCAAAGAUUAUGUGGCGAAACUUCGUAGUGAAAAUGAGAAACUCGCCGCCGAAAUAAGUCGACUAAGGAAGCUGCUGGAAAACUCACCAGAUGGAGCAGUAGGUGGCAUCGACUUAUCUGAUAGUAACAGUUAUGAUGCUCAUUCUACAGACGGUAGCAGUAGUCGAGUAGACCGUCUUGAAGCGGAGUUGAAAGUAGCAAAAAAUCAAAUUGCGACUCUACGGGCAGAGCGGAAGAAAUUAAAAUCAGACAAAAGUGAAUUAGUGACACAAGUAAAACAACUCUGCGGAUCACUGCAAGACAAAGAGCAAGAGCUUCGCGACUUCAUUCGGAACUUUGAGCAACGCAUUCGGGAGACUGAAACGAAUAAUGCGAAAAUUUCAUCAGAGCGUGAACGUGAACGAUGGUCCUUGCUAAAGCAUGCGCGCGAUGAGGCAGAACGAUCUCUGGCUCUAGCACAACAAUUGAGUGCCCGAGACAUACAACUUCAAAGAACACAAGAGCAGCUCCAAGAAGCAAGGCGACAACUUUCAGGAUGUUUAUCCGACCAAGAAAGUCUCCUAUCAUUUGCUCCCCUAACUCCACCCUCGGGGCUAAUAUCACAUAUGGCGGGAACAUCGUCUGGCAUUGGAGGGUUCAGCGGAGGACCUGGUGAUCGUGGUUCCUGUAGUGCCGACUCUGGUGUUCGGGGAAGCAGCGACAGGGAAAGCACCACAGGGGAACUGAAUUUGAGUGAUGGUGGACCAUGUGAGAAUGGACCUUGUAUAACCGUCGAUCCAGACAGCAUAUCAUUGGUAUCUAGUCAACAUAUGUAUCAAUUUGGUACGCCGAAAGAAAGAAGUCCUACAUUAUCACCCCUUAAUUCUGGUGCAUACUCCAGAUCAGUAGAACAACUUGGUUCUCCAGUUGAUUCAGAGCCUUCAGCUUUAACCAGAAAGUUUGCUUCUAAGCCAAAUGCUGGGACGCUAGGAACAAGAUCAGGUCGAGGUGGAACAUGGGGUAGUAUAUCAAGAGUAUUUGCAAGAUCACGAAACAAAAAUAAAACGGCACCACAGGACUCGGAAAUCACCGACUUUACCUGGAGCCCGCUCUCAGAGGAAGGCUACGCCGAAAAACUUCGUCUACUUCGAGAGGCAUCCACCAUCCCAAUGGAGCGAUGGCGAGCAUCACAAGUCCUUGCUUGGCUUGAAGUGGCCCUGGGAAUGCCUCAGUAUAGUGUCCGAUGUUCGGAAAAUGUAAAAAGCGGCAAAGUUCUCCUGGAACUGAAUGACACAGAACUCGAAACAGGACUUGGAUUAACACAUCCCAUGCAUAGAAAAAAGUUGCGCCUUGCUAUCGAGGAACAAAGACGUCCCGACCUGGUGAGAUAUCCGACAAUUGGCCAGUUAAGCCAUACGUGGGUUGCCUCUGAGUGGUUACCUGACAUCGGACUUCCACAGUAUGCCGAGUCCUUUUUACAUUCGCUAGUGGAUGCCAGAAUGUUGGAUACGUUAUCGAAAAAGGAACUUGAGAAAUUUCUUGGGGUUACGAGGAAAUUUCAUCAAGCGAGUAUAGUCCACGGAAUACAUGUUUUACGAAUCGUGAAAUACGACCGGCAAACUUUGGCCAUGAGACGACUCCAGUCUGAGAAUGUGGACACAGACCCAAUCGUUUGGACAAAUCAACGGUUUAUACGCUGGGCGCGUUCUAUUGAUUUAGGCGAGUAUGCUGACAAUUUGAAAGACAGUGGCGUUCACGGCGGUUUAGUUGUUUUGGAGCCCUCGUUUUCCGGCGACACGAUGGCAACAGCACUCGGCAUUCCACCUUCAAAGAAUAUAAUUCGAAGACAUUUGGCUACAGAAUUUGAUGCAUUAAUUUUACCAGCAAGGUAUUUAGUUUUCUGUCAAAUGGAAGAAUUUCAAGCUGAAAACUCGAGAAAUGUUUUAAAUUCAAAGCCAAUAACGAGAUAAAGAGAAUAUAAAAUGGAAGCAAGAAAAACAAGAUUGUACAGUAAUAUUUAAAAAAUAGUAUUCCAAAGGAAUUCGAUUAUAUUGAUUAAAGCAGAAAAACCCUUAUCGAAAAAUAGGACAAGAACCAUUCAAAUCAAUAUUUUUCGGCCAAUAAUAGGGUUUUGUUUCAUUAGUGAAAUAUAUCCGACCAAAAAUAAAAACAAGCAUUUGUAGGUCUAUAUCAUAUUUUUACUCUAUGAAAAAAUCGAUAAACUAACAAUAAAUAAACUAAAUAUGUGAAGAAAGCGGAGAUAUAAAACCAUAAAAGCUUUAAGGGCGACUUCUAUAAUCAAUUUUAUUCGCGUUUAGGCAACAUUCCAGGCUUAUUGUGUACUGUGAAGUUCACAUGAAUUUAAAACUCGUACCAGUUGAAAAUUAAAUUAAGAACUCUCCAAUGAACACCGAAGUGUCACUAACGUUCAAUUUGAUUCAUUAUUAAUGACACGGGAAUCAAAUAUUGAAUCUAUUGUCCAUCGAAAAUGGAAACAUAUAACGUAAUGAAAGGACCGCAAUUGUCAGAAUCCCAUUAUAUGGGUAUUUUCCGGAUUAAAAGAUACGGGGUUCAAGGCUAUCUAUGAUGAACACUCCCCACAAAUCAACAAUUCAUCAAGGUGUUUAUUUUGAUAACAAUCUAUUAUUCCCUGAGUAAUUACUGAAUUGGUGACCGAAAAACAAUUCAAUUCAUUCCUGUGAAUAAUUGAGGCCAAUUAAUUGAAUUCCCUCUAUAUAUUGCAAUUAUAGAUUCAUAGAUUGCUGCAUCAUGUAUGGUUGGAUGAGGUCGUAGUUCAAGGCCUACCUACGGCAUCGCCUCUGAGUGUAUGCAAAUCAAACUAAUCCAGCUUUUGAUGCGUGCUCGGAAAAUGACCGUAAUGGAAUAUAAAGUUCCCUAUAAAGAUAAAUUGUGUGGUGUACUGUAUGAAAUAUGUUGAUAUCUAAUGCAAAUACAAAUUUUCAUGACGAUACAUUGAGCCUGGUGUAUAUGCCAAUAUGUAAAGGGACAUGUGCAUAAUAUCCCAUCAACGUUGAGUUAAAUCAAAUUUGAAAAUGGACAAAAAUGUCUGUGGUAAACUGCAUUAGCAGCAAACACUUGUGAACUCACCCGUGAGUUAUAUGUUUUGCGCAAAUAAACGAAAACGUUGGCUAUUGUCCCUGCUUAAUAGUAACUUUUGUACAGAGAUCCAUUGUUUGUCUAACCGAUUGCCUGUCUAACUACUUACAUAGUUUUCUAUUACUCUGUAUUGGUAAAUUGUUACCAUACAUAAACACAGUCACUUUGGAAAUUAGUUCGAAAAUUUCACUGAUCUUGAACGCAUCAAUUUAGCAGCAAGUACUGUCUAAGCAAGAACUAAGCGGUAAAGCUAAUAUACGUCCACUUAAGGCAUUUGUUUCCUUCACGAAAACACGUCCUGAAUCGAAAAUCACGGAGAUAAUCACAAAACCAUAAAAGAUUGGUGAAAGUACCUUUCUUUGGCGGUUGGCGGGUGUGAUAGAUAACUUGAUUUAAAUCAGAAGCAAAGGCACUAUUCCAAAUUGUUCGAAAUGUCUGCCACUUGCACAGCAAAAUAUAAUAGUUUUCCACUAUUGAUUGGCAGCUGGAAUGUCACGACGGUUGGUAAGGAGGUGGGAGUACUUUAGCGCCCCACCAGUAAAAGUAAGAACAACAUCCAAAAAAAUUGAAAGUUAGAUUUUCGAUGGUGAUCUUUUCAUUUGCUUCUAUCUAGGGUCGAAAAUCACAACCGAUAACAGCUAUAUCAAUGAAAUGACUCUGCCUGGGAUGGAACAAUGGCGAAUUGGUGGACCUCGGCGCAAAACCGGGAUGUCUGGAGUUCCUUAUUAAGGCAGGCCUAGACAGGAUACCGAUUGUUGCGCCGUUGAUGAUGAUGAUCUUUUCAUUCCAAACACUAUCUCGUUUAAAUUGACAUUCGGCGUUGAUUUAAUGUAAUUUUAUUUUACUCAACAAAAAUAAAAGAAACUCACUUUCCUCAAAAAUAUCAGCCCACAUUGUGAGAAAUCUUGGAAAAUGUCAUUGAUGUACUGACCACUUUUCUGAACUUUACAUUUAAUUAAAAUAACCUUUUCAUCUCUGGUGGAAUUCUACUCAAACGGUUUCCCUCGGAGCAGCUGCUGAAUACUUUCGAGAGCUUAUUUCGAUCGUCAAAGAAAUAAGGAAAUUCGGAAUAUACUAUGGUUUUCUAACCCUGCAACUUAAGACGGAACAAAAUUCUGAGGCCUGAGAAUCCUGGGCAGCUCAGAAAAUGUGUAGGGCCGUCUCGUCCUCUUCCUUACAUUGGCGAUAUAUAGUUAAGACCACUAAGUAGCUACCAGUGUCACAUUAAAAGUCCUACCAGGGUUCUUAUGUCUCACUUCUUACGAGAUAAUAAGAAUGCCGCAUCAGAGGCCCCGGGUUCUAUCCCAAUAAUUUUUGCAUGCGGGCCGGAAUUCAAAUUUUACUGCUUCACCUUUCAGAGCGCACGUGACAGUAGAUGGCCGGAUGCCAAAUGCUGGCUCUGGUCCCAUCAUAGUGGAUCCAGACCGAGCCAGUCUGUCAGCAUCCUCAUUAUCCACAAUGUCCCACUGCUUCAGAGCAUUGUAUUGGGAUCGUCAGAGGACCGUUUCUGCUUCGUCUUGCCCUUAGCCGCAAGUGCCCCAAUCAAUCCUUUCCCAUCAAGGUUGUGGUUUCCUUGGAGGCAAUUUACCCGAAGACUGUUUUUUACUCGAAGGCAAAUGCUUACCACUAGGUUAUAAGUGUUGGUAGGAGAGGCCUGCUUCGGCUCUUCUUUUAAGGGCUGUGUCCCAAUUUAAUUGGCCCCCUAUUGAAUGAUUUGAGGAUCUGAGAUUGGGUUCAGGUUCUUUAUCGAUGAACUUAGAGCUGGCUCUCAUUCGGAGUUGGUUCGCCACAGUCAAAAUUUCAUUCUGACCCUUGUUUGCAAGUUUUAUCAUAAUUGGUUUAUAUGGCCUUACCAGAGAAAAUCAGUCGAUCUCAGCAAACCCCUUUUUGCUGAGACACAGCGGGAGUUGUCUGGUUCCCGAAGUUCACUGUUUACGACCACACGUUAACCUCCAUGACAACUCAGCCCUCGGCGAUGUAGUAACACUUUGGUUUUUAAUUUUGGUGAUCACUUAGGUUCAAGUUUCACCUCUGGUUCUUCAGGAGGUCUUUCUUACUAAACACAACACGACAAGACACGACAAGAUUUAUUAUAGUAAACUGAUGUAUAAGUACGAAAUAUGAAUCUGCAAUAAUCCUUUUGGAACGUCCUUCUUGAGUACAUUUGCAAUAUGAAAGUAAUUUGUUAGUAAGCCAUUGACGCAAUUUAGUUUAAAUUAAAAAAAAACACGUUGACACGUAUUGAUGCAUUAUCCACAGAAAAUUGAUGGUGGAAGUCGCUCUGUUAGGAAGUACUUGGUUAAAACCAUGGCUAAAGAAAUGCUUGAGCUAGGCCUCAUUUGAAAAGAACUACUUUAUUUGUUUCCAACGAAAAAAAAAAACUAGUGAAAUCGAUUGAACCCAAUUCAAGCUCUACCCCAUCUUUACACAUUUCGAACAUUCAACCACAACAAAUCAAAACAACAAAUACAAAAUUCCAAAAAUAAUGAUAACAUCACUUACUUUUCAGCCAAGUAUCUUACAUUCAUAAAUGUGCUUAAUAAAUACAUUUUUUUUUUCUUUUUUGUGUCACUACGAUGGAUAAUUUUUCUAAUUGUUUUCUUUCAUUUUGUCUUUUUCUAUUUUAUUGCUCUAUUGUUGUUGCGUUUUUCAACCCCUAUCUAUGUGCUUGUGAUCAAUGGAAAAUAUUUGUAUGUAUGUGGAUGUUAUAGAGCAACAUUGGGUCAGGGCAUACGAUCAGGAUGUGGUGUUGUACCGAUCACAGGACCCGGUGGCCUGCAACAACACUACACCACUUCUGAUCGCCGAUCGAGUGGCAGUCUAAGGGUAAGUACCUCUAGAUAUUUGUGUCGAG